CUUAGCCCAGAUGAGCAGGUAUAAAUAGGAUGGACGCGGAGGUCCUAAUCAUAGCUCCCAUCUGAGAGGAUAUCCUGUGCUGCUUAUUGACUUUUGACCUACUUCUUUCUGCUGCUGCUCCCGUAUUCACUGCAAACCACUUCAGAAUCCAAAAUCGCCACAUCAUGACCGCCUCCGCUGGAGCAAAGACCAAUGGCACCACCAGCCAUCCUUCUGGCCCAUCACCCACCCCUCUGAGUGAGGGCAUCUACGUCCCAACAGUGGCCUUUUUCACUCCUGAAGAUACUGUCGACAUUGCAACCACACGAGCCCACGCUGCUCGCCUUGCGAAGACAGGCAUCGCCGGCCUCGUAACACAUGGGUCCAAUGGCGAAGCUGUUCACCUCGACCGCGCAGAGCGACAAGCAAUCACCAAAGCUACUAGGUCUGCGUUAGAUGCUUCUGGUAAACCCCAUAAGCCUUUGAUUGCUGGGUGUGGCGCACAAUCUACCCGAGAGAGCAUUCUGCUUUGCAAAGAGGCGGCCGGCUCAGGGGCCAGUCAUGCUCUCGUCCUGUCACCAGCCUACUACGGUGGCUUGCUCACAACGGACUUGAUUCUUGAGCACUUCCGGGCAGUGGCGGAUGCGAGCCCGAUUCCAAUCCUCAUUUAUAACUUCCCCGGCGCGUGUAGCGGCCUGGACAUCAACUCAGACAGCAUUCUUGCCCUGUCAAAACACCCCAACAUUGUCGGGGUCAAGCUGACUUGCGGAAACACUGGAAAGCUAGCUAGAGUUGUGGCAGGAACCAAGGGGACUUCGUUCCGGACCUUUGGCGGGAGUGUUGACUUUACUAUCCAGACACUGGCCGUCGGUGGGCAUGGCAUCAUUGGCGGCACGGCAAACGUGGCUCCCAGGGCGUGCGUGCGGGUCAUGCAACUCUGGACAGACGGCAGACAGGAGGAAGCUCGGGGACUACAGGAGAUUGUAGCUCGCGGCGAUUGGGCCGCGAUCAAGGGAGGUUUCGUGUCGGUCAAGGCCGCCCUGCAACGCUAUUACGGCUACGGAGGGAGUCCUCGGAAGCCCUGCGCUUUUCUGGAGGGAAAGGCUCUCGAGUCGCAGUUGGCAGGGUUCUCAGAGCUGGUAGAUGUGGAGAGGACGUUGGAAGGAUCUAGUUAGAUGAUUGCCGCAACUGAGAGGGAAUCGGGUUAGGUCGGGCUUCAAGCUGGGAAUGGAGUUAGUGCAAGAUCUUCUGGUUAGCAAGUUGGAAUACCCACUAUCUACCUACUAAUAAGGAGUGAAUCGUGGAUAUUGUGCCGAGCCUGUUCAAUGUGGCUUUGAUCGUCACUCGAUGUUACCUUGCGUCCCGCUCCUGCACUCGCCCACGUCCAAGGACGAGAGAUUUGAGCGGUUGCGGCGUGCCAACGGGUCCUAGGAGUAGUCACCGAUAUCC